AUGGGGGAGUUGACCUCUCAGUUGUCGAUCGUCAAGAAUUUAAAAUUUCCACGAUUCGUAACGCGUCCGCAAGCAACUAUCCAGUUGCAUGGAUUCUGUGAUGCUAGCACAGCAGCUUAUGGAGCCUGCCUAUAUUUGCGGUCGGAGGACAAUGAAGGCACAAAAGCUUAUCUACUCUGCGCCAAGUCGAGAGUAGCCCCGUUGAAGGCCUUAACAAUUCCAAGAUUGGAACUUUCAGCAGCACUUCUAUUGGCAGAGCUUAUCGUAAGCGUCAAGGAAACCAUAGAUCUCGAUUGUGCCUUUCAUUGCUGGUCCGACUCAUCUAUCGUAUUGGCGUGGAUUCGGCAACCUCCGAGGGAGUUCAACGUUUUUGUAUCCAACCGAAUCGCAAAAAUUCAGGAGAUGACAAAAGGAAUGUCUUGGCAUCAUGUUCCGACCAACCUCAAUCCGGCGGAUGUCGUAUCGCGAGGCUGUACCCCUAAAGAAUUGCUGGAUCAUUCUCUUUGGGCUAAAGGACCUCCAUUUCUUUUGCAAAACUCAUCGGAAUGGCCUUCCUUGCUUGAUGAAGCAAAGGAUCUUCCAGAGCGUCGUGCCGCGACUCUUAUUGGAACCGUGUCCAAGCCUCUACUUUCAAAUGGCCAUCUUUCCGUUGAGGAGAUCAACUCGGGGACCGUACUUCUUCUAAGGAGCAUCCAGCAGAUUCAUUUAGCCAAGGAGUAUGGAGUUCUUAGCCAGAGCAAGCCGUGUCCACAGAAGAGCAAACUGAUUUUGCUGAGGCCAAUUCUUGGCACCGAUAGAUUACUUUGCGUUGGUGGAAGACUGCAAAAUGCAAACUUGGACUAUGAUAUGAAGCAUCCGAUAUUGCUUCCCAAGGACCAUCCAGUCACCAAAGCAAUUAUCGUGUAUUUUCAUAAAAAAUACAUGCACGCAGGAUCGCAGGCGUUGCUGGCCACAUUACGACAAAGGUAUUGGCCGAUAGGAGGUCGGAAGUUCGUGGCUAGCGUCAUCAAUAAAUGCGUCAGAUGCUUUCGGAUGAGGCCUGUGACUUGGGAGCACGUCAUGGGUAAUCUUCCAGCGAAUCGAGUUCAACCUAACCCAGCAUUUCACACGACAGGAGUCGACUAUUGUGGGCCAUUCUAUCAUAAAGCAGAGUCCCGGAACAAGGCACCGCACAAGUGCUACAUCGCCGUCUUUGUCUGCUUUUCCACGAAGGCCGCUCACUUGGAAGUCGUCCAGGACCUCACCACAGAUUCCUUCAUAGCAGCUCUGAGAAGGUUCAUCAGCCUUAGAGGCACUCCGCGAACUAUCUGGAGUGAUAAUGCGACUAACUUUGUCGGCGCCAAGAGCGAGUUAGGCGAGCUGAAGGAAUUAUUUUUGAGCGAGCAGCAUACAGCUUCGAUAGCUUCUUCGUGCCUAGCGGACGGUAUAGAUUGGAAGUUCAUACACUUCGGUGGCCUAUGGGAGGCCGCUGUCAAAUCGGCCAAGUUUCACUUCUACAGAGUCAAAACGCUGAAAGCCUUGAGGCCGCCUCAGCAGAUGGCAAAUUGUGACUCAAAUGCAGCAACUAUUCUGGAGAAGGUGGACCACGAGUAUUUAUCACUUCUUCAGGAAAGGAGCAAAUGGCGUUCUGAAGGAUCUAACAUCAAGAUCGGAAGAAUCGUGUUGCUGAAGGAGGACAACAUUCCAUCAUUAAAAUGGCCGCUUGGACGAGUUCAGGAAGUCAUUCCCGGCGAGGACGGCGUCGUCAGAGUAGCUAUGGUCCGUACGGCUACGGGCAUCAUCAAGAGAGCCGUCGCCAAAGUGGCCGUUCUGCCCGUCGAUUCCCAUCAAGUUGGAACGGUACCUCUUCCAACGGGGGAAAACUUUCCCUUAAGCUUUAGCCCGACUCCGUACUGA